UCUUCAUCUAUGUAAAUAGCGUUAAGAGUACCACUGAUCUCUGAGUCUCCGAUUAGUCUUAAAAAGGAACAGUGAUAUUGUUUAGACAAAACUGUAGAAAAUGGCGGAAGAGCAGACAGUUCAAAUCCCAAAGGUGAAUCUUGGAACUCAAGGAUUUCAGGUCUCAAAGUUAGGGUUUGGAUGCAUGGGACUAACUGGAAUGUACAAUACUCCUGUUUCUGAUGAUGUUGGAAUCUCAAUCAUCAAAGAAGCUUUUAGUAAAGGAAUCACAUUCUUUGACACAGCUGAUACAUAUGGAGCCCAUGCUAAUGAAGUCCUGGUUGGAAAGGCAUUGAAGCAAUUGCCUCGAGAAAAGAUCCAGCUAGCAACAAAAUUUGGUAUUGUAAGCAUGGGGCCAACUGGAGUGGUAGUUAAUGGUACUCCUGAAUAUGUUCGUGCCUGUUGUGAGGGAAGCCUGAAGCGUCUGGAUGUGGAGUAUAUUGAUCUCUAUUAUCAACAUCGGGUGGACACAUCAACACCUAUUGAGGACACUAUGGGGGAACUCAAGAAGUUGGUGGAAGAAGGAAAAGUAAAAUACAUUGGGUUAUCUGAAGCAAGUCCUGAAACAAUUAGGAGGGCACAUGCAGUUCAUCCUAUCACUGCUUUACAAAUGGAAUGGUCUCUGUGGACACGCGACAUUGAGGAAGAGAUAAUCCCACUUUGCAGGGAACUUGGUAUUGGGGUUGUGCCUUACAGUCCUCUUGGUCGUGGCUUUUUUGGUGGCAAGGCAGUUGCUGAAAAGCUACCUGAAAACAGUUUCUUGGCCUCACAUCCUAGGUUCACAGGAGAGAACUUAGAUAGGAACAAAAUGCUUUACGAAAGGAUGGAGAACUUGGCUGCAAAUUAUGGAUGCACCCCUGCUCAACUAGCACUAGCAUGGAUUCUCCAUCAAGGAGAUUAUGUGGUCCCUAUCCCAGGGACAACCAAAAUUAAAAACCUUGAUAAUAAUAUUGGCUCAUUGAAGGUGAAGCUGACUGAGGAAGAUUUGAAAGAGAUUUCUGAUGCUGUACCUAUCGAUGUGGUAGCGGGUUCUAGAACCGCUGAUAUUUUUCUGCAGUGCUCAUGGAAGUUUGCAAAUACACCCCCAAAGGAUUCCUAGGUCUCAACUAAAUAGUCUUCAUGGUUUGGUCCAUAGUACUUGAACCAUACAAAAUUUAGUGUGUUUUAAAAUGGUUGACGGUAAUAAAUCUGGUAAUCUCUUAGGGCUUGUUUUUGGCCUUUUUCUCCUGGGCUGGCUUUCUUUGGGUAGUGUUUUUUUUCCCUUGAUUAGCCAGAAGGAAGGCUUUGUCUGUUGUAUUUAUUUUCUCUUUUGUUUAAUAUAUUUUCCGUUUAUCCAAAAAAAAAUCUGUUAAAAGCGUGUAUUGUGGGGAGUGUUCCACUGUGUACUGUAAGAUCAUGUCUGAGUUAUAGUUUGUUGUUAUGUCUAUUUAGUUAUUUACUACUACUACUACUGUGUUUAGAGUUAGGGAGUUCUUUACAUUCGUUGUUAUUAGUCAUUGUACUUUAUCUUUGGCUCUUAGUAAACCUUAUACUAAGAAUUUCAAAAAUAAUUCGAAAGUGACAUAUUAUUAUGUUA